CACUUCCAUCCAUCUUCUUCUAUACCGAAAAUUUCGAACUCUCAAUCCCUUCAUUUCUAGGGUUUCUGCAUGGCAUCUUCCGAAGAAGAAGGCGAAAUCAUCCCCGUUUGUGUCACAAACUACCUACUUGUGAACGAUCGUAACGCGCCGACUUCAUUUUCACAGUUACCGCUUCAUUGGAGUGAUCAGGAGAACCUAAUCGACAAGAACAGAAACUCAUCGGUUGUGUAUUUGCGCGGAACUACUGACGGAGGGCUUCAACCGGUCUACAAGGAGGUGAUCGCUUGGAAGUUGGAACUUUCUCAUAUAGUGCCGCCUAAAAUAUACGUGCUUUCGAAGGGGAAAACAUGGAUACAGCUUCAGGAACCGAAGAAUAUGUACAAAGAUGUCAUUAAGACUUUUUUGAUCGUGGUUCGGUGUCUCCAUUUUGCGAAGAGGAAUGCAGGUGCAAGUAGAGAUCAGAUUUCGAGUCAUUUGGUGAAAACCUUGAGAUCGGAUGAUGUGAUUGAACCUGUAGAGAAGUAUCUCUCUGCUCACUUGCCGUUAAUACAGAGUGCAGUGGCUAAAGACAAGGAUUUGGCAAAAUCAAAGUAUCUUAAAACGUUUCUUAUGGAGAUUGAGAAUCCUGGGAGAAGAGAAUACCUUCAUGAGGAGAAUCAAACAAAAACCAAGUCCAAGUUCAUAGUUUCUGAUGAUGAAGAGUUAGAGGAUAAUGAUGAUGAAUCCGAUGAUGAAGAUGAAGUACUAUUUGAUUCUGUUUGUGCAUACUGCGACAAUGGUGGUGAUGUUCUCCCUUGUGAAGGUCAAUGUAUGCGAUCUUUCCAUCCAACCAUAGAUACAGGAGUAGAGACUUCUUGUGAGUCUCUUGGCUUUGCAAAUGCAGCUGAAUAUGAGGCAAUUCCAACUUUUCUUUGUGGCAACUGUAAACACAAGAAGCAUCAAUGCUUUGUUUGUGGAAAUUUGGGUUCUUCUGAUAAGUCUUCUUCUACUGUUGAGGUGUUCCCUUGUGUUUCUGCAACUUGUGGCCACUUUUAUCAUCCUGAAUGUGUUGCAAAGUUGAUCCAUCCAUCUGAUGAAACCCUAGCCAAUCAACUUCAGAGUCAAAUAGCUGCAGGAGAAUCAUUCACUUGCCCUGUUCAUAAAUGUCGUGUUUGUAAGCAAGGAGAAAAUAAAGACAUUCAUGACUUACAAUUUGCAGUUUGUAGACGUUGCCCAAAGGCAUAUCAUAGAAAAUGCUUACCUAGGGCAAUUGGUUUCAAGGCUAGUGAUGAUGGAACAAUCAAACAAAGGGCAUGGGAUGAUCUGUUGCCAAAACGCAUCUUGAUGUAUUGCACGAAGCAUGCUAUUAUUCCAGAUCUUUGGACACCAAAAAGGGAUCAUCUUUUAUUUCCUCGUGUCAUAAGAAAAAGAAAUCAAGAAGGAAGUAGAGUGGUGAUGACAUCUGUAAAGAGCAAAGCUUUUGGAAACCUCUCAAAGAGUGACACUGACACUUCAAACAUGCCAAAAGUUGUUGAAAAGCUGGAUAAAAAUAACACCUUCACUUAUGGUGAUAAAAAUAAAAUAUUGGAGAAAGGUAAGUCUUCCACCAUGGAAGAAAAGAGAUCUUGUGUUGUGAACAGUCAUUCUGCCAUUGGUCAAAGCAAGUCAACACAAAAAGAUAUGCAAAGAGAACAAGUUUUUGCUUCUAAGCCAAUGAAGAAGAUAAUAGUGGAUACACCUCCUGUAGUAGAUAAUGAUAUGAAAACAAGGAUUUUGAAAAUAAUCAAAGACUCAACAUCUUCAUUUGAUGUUGAAGAAUUUGUAACGGAGAAGAAAAGGAAAUGCACUCAUCAAAUAUACACCCCACAAACAGGGUUAGAUAAGACCAUUACCAUGGGAAAAGUGGAAGCUUCUGUAAAGGCAGUGCGAACAGCCUUAAAGAAAUUGGAGGAUGGGGGUAGUGUUGAGGAUGCAAAAGCUGUUUGUGAACCAAAUGUUUUAAAUCAGCUCACAAAAUGGAAGGAAAAGUUGCAUGUUUUUCUUGCUCCUUUUCUCAUUGGAGCACGUUACACCUCUUUUGGACGCCAUUUUACAAAAGUUGACAAACUUAAGGAGAUAGUUGAGAGACUCCAUUGGUAUGUAGACGAUGGUGAUACAAUAGUGGACUUUUGCUGUGGUUCAAAUGAUUUCAGUUGCUUCAUGAAAGAAAAACUCGAUAGCAUGGGAAAGACUAGUUGUUCAUACAAGAACUAUGACCUCAUCACACCAAAGAACACAUUCAAUUUUGAAAAGAGAGAUUGGUUUAGUGUCCCUGUUGAAGAUCUACCUGACGGGUCUCGUUUGGUAAUGGGAUUAAAUCCUCCAUUUGGAGUCCAAGCUUCUCUUGCUAACAAAUUUAUCAACCAUGCUCUCAAGUUCAAACCAAAGCUUCUCAUCCUUAUUGUUCCAAAAGAAACCAAAAGGCUUGACAAAAAAUGGCAUCCGUAUGAUUUAAUCUGGGAGGAAGAGCAUAUGCUUUCUGGCAAGUCGUUUUACCUACCGGGAUCAGUAAGUGUUCAAGAGCAGCCAUUAGAUGACUGGAACGUGGUCUCACCACCACUCUCUCUCUGGAGUCAACCCGAAUGGACUUCCAAACACAAAUCAAUAGCCGAAAAACAAAACCACAUUAACCAAACCCAACCCAACUUAAACCACAGAAAACACAAAAAACACAAACAAGAACAAAGAGUCUCGAAUUACCUAAUGGAAGAAACCCAAGACUGUUACAAUGAUUUCUCGAAUAUCAUCAUGACAAACUAUCCGGACAUCUCCAACAUCUUGGAUGAUGUUCCGGAAGCUUCCGGAAACAUAGCAUCGGAUACUUCUGGAACCGGAACUCAUUAUGAUGACCUCUCUGACAUGGAUCUUGGAAGUCCGUUAGUUUCCCCACAGUUUUAUACAGAUACAACUACGAGUCUUCCUGUUUAUGAAUCGGUUACUGGGUUUCAGAAUCAUGCUUUUUCAACCUACCAUGAUUUUGCUAACUAUGGUGUUGGUCACCCUAUGUACCCAACCAUGCCUCCUCCUACUUUUACUUAUCAAACCGAUACCAACAUUUGGCCAACCAGGUACGUUGCCUCCUGAUUUUAGAAAUUAGAGUAUGUUGUAUAGAAAACGUUAACUUACUAUUAGAUUAUGGAUUCGGGUUUACUUGAUUGUGGUCCAUAUUGGUUUCACGCUAUUUUAGUGCACAAAAAAGUUUUUAUUUUUCUAGUGG